AUGUUCACCAAUCUACAAACUUCUCUUUCACAUGCAAACUUCUAUUCCCUAUUCUUCACUAUCUUUCCGCUCUUACUCUCUUUUUUCUUUAUAAUCAAAUAUUGGUAUGAUUCCAACAAUUCUUCUGCCACCGCAAAAAACUCACCACCAUCACCUCCAAGAUUUCCACUACUUGGUAAUCUCCAUCAACUUGGCUUAUUCCCUCACCGCACGCUCCAAACUUUAUCUCAAAAAUAUGGCCCUUUGAUGCUUCUUUAUUUUGGCAAGGUUCCGGUACUUGUGGUUUCAUCUUCUGAUGCAGCAAGAAAAGUAAUGAAAACUCACGAUUUGGUUUUCUGUGAUAGGCCACAAAGUAAAAUCUUUGAUAUCCUUUUAUAUGGUUCCAAAGACGUGGCAAGUUGUGCAUAUGGUGAGUAUUGGAGGCAAAUAAGGAGUCUCAGUGUGUUACACGUUCUGAGUAAUAAAAGGGUUCAAUCUUAUCGUUGUGUUAGAGAGGAAGAAACUUCAAGAAUGAUGGAAUAUACUAAGGAGUAUUCUUCCUCUGCAUCGUCGCCGUUGAAUUUAUCUGAGUUGUGUUCUAGGGUUACUAAUGAUAUCGCAUGUAGGGUGGCUCUAGGAAAGAGAUACCGUGAAGGAAGAGGGAAGAAAUUUCAGGAAAUGAUAUUGGAGUUUGGGGAAUUAUUGGGCACUGUAUGUAUAGGAAACUAUAUACCUUGGCUCGAUUGGUUGGGAAAACUUAAUGGUUUUUAUAGAAAAGCAGAAAGAGUAGCCAAACAUUUGGAUGAAUUUAUAGAAGAAGUAAUUGAGGAUCACAUUAGUCGUAGGUCUGAUGAAGAUGUUGGUGUUGAUGAUAAUGAUUUUGUGGAUGUUUUGCUUUCAGUUCAAAAGACUAAUGCUAUUGGCUUCCAAAUUGAUAGACCUGCAAUAAAAGCUUUGAUCCUGGACAUAUUUGCUGCAGGUACGGAUACUACGCACACAGUCCUAGAAUGGGCAAUGACAGAACUGUUAAGACACCAAAAAGUGAUGCAUAAAUUGCAAGAUGAGGUCAGAACUGUGGUUGGUAACAAAACUCAUGUAUCUGAAGAGGAUUUGGCUAACAUGUACUACUUGAAGGCUGUGAUCAAAGAAACACUUCGCCUCCAUGCCCCGGUUCCGAUGUUAGUCCCUCGGAGAUGUAUGGAAGAGAUCAAACUAGAUGGGUAUGACAUUGCAGCUGGCACACAGGUGAUUGUCAAUGCUUGGGCUAUUGCAAGAGACCCUUCAAGUUGGGAUGAACCUCUAGAGUUUAAACCAGAAAGGUUUAUGAAUAGUUCAAAAGAUUUUAAAGGAUUGGAUUUUGAUUUUAUACCAUUUGGAGGUGGAAGGAGGGGUUGUCCUGGAGUGUCAUUCGCUAAUGCUGUGAUUGAAUUGGUGCUAGCAAACCUGGUGUGCCAAUUUGAUUGGAAGUUACCAGAUGGAGUUGAAGGGAAGGAUUUGGACAUGUCUGAAACUUUUGGCAUUACCUGUCAUAGAAAAUACCCUCUCCUUGCACUUGCUACCAAGUAUGAAAAUAAAUAA